AUGGAUGUCCAUCAUUUUUUAGGUUACAAUCCAUCACAAAUGCUCAUUGAAGCAUCAUCCUCCAAUGCUGGGGAGGUCCAGAUGAAGGAAAAGUGUUUUAAACAUGCAUUCAUCAAUGACGCCAAGGGCUACGGCCUUGUUGCUACGAAAUUAAUCAAGGCUGGCUCUUAUAUUUUGAGUGACUGCUUCGCUUCGCUUGAAUCGACGCAGGACUUCCCCCAUGGUGACCGGGAUGCGAUCGAGAAGGUGAUUAAGGGGAGAGUUGACGCCAUGGGACAGGAAUUUGUCCAGAGAUAUCUCAGCCUUCCCUCGUCUAACAAGAAGGAUCUCCCGCGCUACUCAGCUAUAUGGGACAGAAACAGCGUGCCUUACAAACGUAACACGCUAAGAGCAGCCUUGGUCUCACCCAAUGUGGCUUGGGUGAAUCAUUCUUGUUUCCCCAAUGCCCAUCUUAGUAUCAUCUCCCGAGCGAUUAAAGGCCCUAAGAGUCGCAGCAAUCCUCAUUCAAGGAUGCGCUGUAGCGUGAUGCUUCGUGCCUGUAAGGAUAUCCCUAAGGGUACGGAGAUCACCAGAGCAUACAGCCAUCGAACCAUGCCACUUGUUGCCAGACAAUUGUACUUCGAGACCACGUACAAAUUCCGCUGCCUUUGCACGUACUGCACGAACCCAAUAAAGGGCCUGGAGGAAUUCACCUACUCGCACCCAGAGCUGGAUAAGAUCCUGAAUGAUCCGAGGGUAGUCCACGCGCAACCGACGCUGGCAUGGCAUGCAGCUCGCGCUAUAGUGAAUGGCUACGAGAAAGUUGGUAUCGCAGACCUACGCGUGGGGGUGAUAUGGAGAAAAUGCGCUGCUAUAGCCGGGUACCACUCUGAUCUGGGCCGGGCAAUGUACUGUCUCCAUCAGGCGACGAAAGCGCUCCUCAAGGUCGAAGGCCCGUUCGGGUAUCUCCAUCGUCAGACACUCAACUGGCAGGACUGCCCGGAGCUUCUCCCAGGAUUCGGGGCCACAACUCGCGGUCUCUCCAGCCGCAGCGAAUGGAAAACCAUCACACAGAACCCAGCCCUCACCAACAGGAUUCUUUUCAUGACUGACCGGGGACCGAAAGACUAUGUUCGACUCUCGAGAUACGAUGUAGGGCAUUCAGCGGUAGAUAAUCUAGUGGUACUACCCUCAUCGGAAGACAAUCCGGUGAUACUGCCUGAUACGAAGAUGGGCAGGGGCAAGAGAAAGCGUAAUGGCGGAGAGCAGCAAUGCACUGCCCGAGAGAAACGCACUGUUCGCGAGAAAUGCAUUGAUCCCGAGAAUGAUUUCUUGGACAUUUCACGUAUUCUCCUACGCGAGCACAAGAAGCGCUACCCCGAGCUGUUCAGAUUAAAUAAGCCGACGGACGACGAGGAGAAACUGAAGCCAGGCGGUGCGAUUAUGGGAAUGGCGAUGGCCGCGCUGGACGGAUGCAAAGGGCAAUGGGACGAGAAACGGGCGACGCGCCACACGAUCAAUGUGCUUCGGGGGAUGGGCAUCAAAAACCUGGAUCUUUGA